CAGCCUACAAGACAGACAGCUGACAGGACAAGAUGGCCAGAGUUUGUUUACUGGCGCUCAUCGCUGGUUUACUGCUGGAGGCAUAUGGACUGGUAAUCCCAGAGGAAAACACAGGUGCUGUGUUUGUGUCUCAGCAGUCAGCACAUACAGUGCUGCAUCGUCGGCGCAGAUACAACAGCGGCCAUCUUGAAGAGUUGCAGAAAGACAACCUGGAGCGGGAAUGUAGAGAGGAAGUCUGCACGAUGGAGGAGGCCAGGGAAUGGUUUGAGAAUGAUGAGAAAACUAUUGAAUUCUGGGCCAGCUACGUUGAUGGUGACCAGUGUAAGCCACCACCCUGCCAAAAUGGAGGAGAGUGUGUAGAUGGAGUUGGUACAUAUGUCUGUUGGUGCCAACCAAACUUCAGUGGCAAGAACUGUGAGAUCGACGUGAACAAGCAGUGCUCAGUCAACAACGGAGGAUGUUCCCACUUCUGUGUGAUGCAGGCGCAGCGACCAGUGUGCCUGUGUGCAACUGGUUACAUACUUGGGCCAGACAAGAGGAGCUGUGAACCAAAAGGACAAUUCAGCUGUGGUCAAGUGAUCAAAGGGACCGUAAAGCCACGAACAUCAAACAGUACCUCUGAAAGAAGUUUAGAUUCCAUCGACAUUCUGAAGGAUGACUACUUUGGCCACAAUGUAACACAGUUCUUAGAUUACUACGACUACGCGAUGAAUGAUUCAGAAGAGGUCAAUAUCUCUGCAGCCUCUGCAGUAGAGACAGGUUCACUGGAGUCAAAUUCAAGCUCUCCUGUAACUCCGAGCAGUGUCACUGAAGCACCCAGAGAGAAAAGGGGGGCGGGGUGGGGUUACUUCUCACACCCAAACAUCACAGCAGAAGACAACACUGAGAUUAGGAUUGUGGGAGGUGAUGAGGCCACUCCUGGAGAGAUACCUUGGCAGGUGAGCCUCAUGUCUCACCCAGCAGCCUCUCAGAGAGCGCAGCCCUUCUGUGGAGGAUCUCUGCUCAGUGAAUUGUGGGUCAUCACUGCUGCCCAUUGUAUAGUGCAGGCCAAACAAGAGUUCUUCAUCAGAGUGGGUGAACAUGACGUGCUCAAAGAUGAGGGUACAGAGCGAGAUCAUGCGGUGGCAGAAAAGCACCUCCAUCCUAUGUACGAUGAUAAGAAGUCCCAGUAUAACCAUGAUAUCGCGCUGCUGAAACUCGCCAGUCCAGUGGAACUGUCCUACCGUCGGCUUCCCAUCUGCCUGGGCCCCAAAGACUUUACAGAGAACCUAUUGAGGGAGUCCAGCAAGUCCCUGGUGAGCGGCUGGGGACGGCUGAAGUUCCUGGGUCCAGAGGCCUACAAGCUUCAGAAGCUGGAGGUCCCCUAUGUGGACCGCACCCGGUGUAAAGAGAGUAGCCGGGACCACAUCACACGCUUUAUGUUCUGUGCAGGCUACCAAAGUGGACAGAAGGAUUCGUGCCAGGGGGACAGUGGGGGGCCACAUGCCAGCAGUAACCAUGGCACCUGGUUCCUGACGGGCAUUGUCAGCUGGGGGGAGGAGUGUGCCAAAGAUGGAAAGUAUGGCAUCUAUACCCGAAUCUCACGGUACUAUCCGUGGAUCAGUAAGACAACAGGGAUUUGAGUUAACUGACAAAUGGAGUCAUGCAAAGAACAAAGUCAAGAAAACAUACAGCAUU